CCGGCUGGUGUUUGACAUUGGGACUUUGUAAAGUGGACCUGCGCACACAGAGAGAAUGAGGACACCGUGUCUCCUGCUACCGCUGCUCCUCUGCUCCUCCGCCGUGGAGGUGCCGCAGACCGCCCAAACUGUCAAGGAGUACUUCAUAGCAGCGGUGGAGAUCGGCUGGGACUACAUCCACCUGGACGAUGGGGACCGCGCAUCCCGGGACAGCGGGAGCUUUAAACCCAUUCCUCAAAAGCACAUCAAGGCAGUUUACAGGGAGUAUAAAGAUGCUACAUUCACUGUCCUCAGACCAAGACCAGCCUGGACAGGUAUUCAGGGCCCAGUGAUUGUGGCCCAGGCUGGUGAGAGAGUUGUGGUCCACUUUAAAAACCUGGCGUCUCAGCCCUACAGCAUCAGCCCUGUGGGGAUCACCUACUGGAAGCAGUCUGAAGGAGCUGGAUAUGAUGACUCCACAGCAGGGCAAGAGAAGGAGGAUGAUGCUGUCCAACCUGGCGGAUAUUAUGAGUAUGUCUGGGACAUCAGUCCCAACGAUGGUCCAACCAUCAGUGACCCUGACUGCCUCACGUACUUAUACUCCUCCCAGGUGGACGUUGUCCGAGACAUUAACUCUGGACUCAUCGGCGCCCUGCUCAUUUGUAAACCAAGUGCCUUCACAGAGGAUGGCCAGCGGACACUCCAAGCAUUUGUCCUUCUGUUUGCCGUGUUUGACGAGACUAAAAGCUGGUACGGAGAGGUGGGAGAGAGGACGAAGAGGGAGAAGUUCAGAAGAAGCGACGGCAGGAAGGAAUACCACACCAUCAAUGGAUAUGUCAACUCCACUUUACCUGGUUUAACAGUUUGUAAGGGCAAUAAUCCAGUGUCUUGGCAUAUGAUCGGAUUAGGCACUACUCCAGAGAUCCACACCAUUCGCUUCCAGGAUCACACGCUGCAGGUACUGACCCAUCGUAAAGUCACAGUGGAAAUGACUCCACUGACAUUCGUCACUGCAGAAAUGAGACCUACAGCUAUAGGCCAGUUCCUAUUCAGCUGUCAGAUCCAUGCUCAUCGCUAUGAUGGCAUGAAUGCAUUGUUCUCGGUGGAGAAAUGUCCCGAUCCCGUCAUCAAAGAGCUGCGAAACGUCAAACAUGAUGAUAACAGCAAAGAGGGCGAGGAGGGGAGUGAUGAAGACCGCGAUUUUAUGUUCAACACAGUUCACUUUCUGCCCAAGACACCUCAAGUCCAAGCCAGAUCCAGCAGAGGACCGCCAUUCAACACAUGGACCCAUUUUCUUGCCGCUGAGGAAGUCGAUUGGAACUAUGCUCCUCAUCUGAAACCCACAGACAGUGAAUUACAGUCCAGAUAUUUAUCCGGAUCUCCCCACCACCUUGGCUACACAUAUAAAAAGGUUGUGUAUGUGGAAUACACUGAUGAAUCCUUCACUAAGAGGAAAAAUCCCUCGGAGACCCUGAUGGGUCCUAUACUGAAAGGAAGAGUCAACGAUGAGAUCUACAUUGUGUUUAAAAACUUAGCCAGUCGCCCUUUCAACAUCUACCCCAAUGGCCUUACCAAGAUUCUCCCAUGGCCGGGAUCCACUAAUGCUGCUUUGAAAGACCUGCGCUCAUUGGGGGUUCCCCCCAACAAGACGUUUGGCUAUAUUUGGAGGCUAACCUCAGACGACGGACCCUUGGAGGGAGACCCCCAGUGUCUCACUCAGCUGUAUCAAAGCACCAUCUCCCCAGAGCAGGACCUGGCCUCUGGGUUGGUGGGCACCCUGCUCAUCUGCAAGUACAAGGCUAUAGACAGCAGAGGCAAUCUGCUGGGCCUAGACGAGAAGAUGAGUCUGAUAUUUGUUGUGUUUGAUGAGAACAGAAGUUGGUACUUUAAAGAAAACAUGCAGAGGUCAGCUCGAAAGUCCUACAACACAACAAACCCUGAGUUCUAUGAGUCCAAUGUCAUCUAUAGUAUAAACGGCAUCAUGUUUAGUGGGCGUCAGUUUGUCAUGUGUGAGACAGAUGUCCGUUUCUGGCACGUGGCCAACGUGGGAACCGGGAGUGAAUUCCUCUCCAUUUACUUCACCGGAAACCUGUUUCAGCAUCAAGGCCUCUACCAGUCUGUUCUCACCCUUUUCCCCAUGACGGCGGUAACUAUUCCCAUGGAGACAGAAAUGAUCGGUGAAUGGGAGAUAAGUGCCUUUGACAGCAAGCUCAGGAGCCGGGGAAUGAGCAUCCGUUACACCGUUCGUGCCUGCAACGAUGGAGAGUUUUCUCUGGUCGACCAUAAUGUGGAUGAAGAUAUAUCAGAUUACUACGACGACAUAUUUCAGCAGCCGAGGGGCUUGAGACCCCAGAAAGGCACGAUGCUGGUUCGGGUGUGCAAGAAACCUGUCGCCAACAACACUACUGUCACCAACAACACUACAUUGAGCAAAGAUGUGGGUCCCCUUUGUGAGCUGAGGAGAAUGUCGGUGGCAUCGGUGAGAAGGGAACAAGUUCCCGAAGAUGCAGGGAUCCCAGAGGAUGUCCUGGAGAAAGUAGAGAGAGAUGGGGGCUGGAGAGCUGCUGAAAAUCCGACUGGAGCAGAUGAAAACAGAGGUGGGAGACAGAAACGAGAGGCAGGUGGGAACUGGACAGGGAGCAAUGACAUCUCACUAACUGCUGAAGAAUCAGCGAGACAAAGGGUCCAGUCUGAAGACUUGAUCUCUCCAGAGGAAGACAUGGGCGAAAACUACAUCUAUUCUGAAUCUGAGGGUCUUUCAGAUGAACUGUUGGACCUUGAAUACAACGUCACUGAUGGCAACACAACACAGGUCAAUCUGUCCUUCGAUUAUGAUGACUACAACAGUGAGGUGAACGGUUCAUCGGAAGUAGUUGGUGCAGAUUUAUUAGGUCCGCGCUCUGGAGAAACCAGGCCCCGUUACUACUACAUCGCUGCAGAGGAAAUUACCUGGGAUUAUGGCAUCAAAACGCCACAUCAGUUAAUUAAACCCAGAGAGAUGCGUCGGGGGAUGAGGAAGUUUCUGCCUAAAUAUGUGAAGGUGGUGUAUCGUGCUUACAUGGACAAAGACUUCAAGCAGCCCAUCUACAGAGGAGAGCUUCAGGAACACUUGGGAAUCAUGGGACCUGUUAUCAGAACAGAAGUUAAUGAUCUCCUCACAGUGAUCUUUAAGAACAAUGCAAAGAGACCCUACUCCUUUCAUCUUCAUGGCGUAUAUGACCGAAACCAGCAUGCUGGCCCCACACAGAGCAGCUCAUCCUCUGGUAUUCUCGGAGAACCUGUUAAUCCAGGAGAGACUCGGACUUAUAAAUGGAAAAUUAGCCAGAAACAAGGACCCUCUAAUCCUGAGUUUGACUGCAAGACUGGAGCUUACUACUCCACUGUGGAUAAGGAGCGGGACCUUCACACUGGUCUGAUUGGUGCACUUGUGAUCUGUAAGUCUGGAACCCUGCAGAAUCACUGCAACACGCAGCCAGGUAUCCAGGAUUUCUCCCUGCUCUUCCACACCUUUGAUGAAACUAAAAGCUGGUACCAUGAGGAGAACCUGCAGAAGUACUGCUCUCCUCCUUGUCAAGCCAACACAGAGGAUCCCUGGUACCAUACUAGCAAUAAGUUUGCAGCAAUAAACGGUUAUGUGGCCGAGACCCUUCCUGGUUUGAUCGUGGCUCAGCAUCAGCCUGUGAGGUGGCACCUUCUUAAUGUUGGAGGCGACAAAGAGUACCAUGCCGUGCAUUUCCAUGGUUUGCCUUUCACUGUCCAUGCUGAGAAAGAACACCGUAUGGGUGUCUUCAACCUUUUUCCUGGUGUUUUUGGGACGGUGGAGAUGAGGCCCCCCACGGUUGGGACAUGGCUAGUGGAGUGCACCAUAGGAGACAACCAGCUGGCUGGGAUGAGGGCCAAACUCUUGGUCUAUGACCCACGAUGUGUUUUACCUCUGGGAAUAAAAUCAGGGCGGAUUGAAGACUCCCAAAUUACAGCAUCAGAUCACAGCAAUAACUGGGAGCCAAGGCUGGCAAGGGUUGAUAUGACUGGUUUUUACAACGCCUGGAUGGGAAAAGGCAUCAAAUCAUGGUUGCAGGUUGAUCUUCUGAGGCCCACCCUGCUGCAUGGUAUACAGACGCAGGGGGUGAGCUCAAAGCUGAGGAAAUUCUACACCGCCAUCUUUAUAGUCUCUUACAGCCUCGACAAAGAGACUUGGACCACUUACAGAGGAAACAGCUCCAGUACCAGCAAGAUGUUUCGUGGCAACCUGGAUAGCUCCAAGGUAAAAGACAACAGCUUCUCUCCACCCUUUGUGGCACGCUACGUCAGGAUUCAUCCACACAGCUACCAGCAAAAACCCGCUCUCCGGCUGGAACUGUUGGGAUGCGACCUCAACAGCUGUUCUCUGCCUCUGGGACUUGAGAAGAGGUUGAUUCCCGACAGCGGCUUUAGUGCCUCAUCGUUUCAUUCAUCUUUGCUGCGAAGCUGGAGCCCCGGCCUCGCGCGCCUGCACCAGAGCGGCGGAGCCAACGCCUGGAGGCCAAAGAACAACAACCCCCACGAGUGGCUGCAGGUGGAUUUGGGGACCGUCAAACGGAUCACAGGAAUCAUUACCCAAGGCGCACGGUCGAUGCUGACCAAGAUGAUGGUGACGGAGUUUUCAGUCACAUUCAGUCUGGACGGACAUUCCUGGAGCAGCGUGUUGGAGAAGAGCUCUCAGAGAGAAAAGAUUUUCACAGGCAACAACGACCCAGACGAGGAAGCUUUCACAGUUUUCGAGCCUCCUUUGUUCGCUCACUACCUCCGUAUCCACCCACGUGGCUGGGUCAACGACAUCGCCCUCCGCCUGGAGGUGGUCGGCUGUGACACACAACGGGAGGUCGGAUACCGGCGAACAAAAACCCAGGCACCAGCAGCAGCUCUUCAGUAGCGAUGCAGAUUUAACUGGACCUGUUUUUUUUUCUGUGUAGCUUGCUGGAGAAUAAGAUAUGUUGCGCAGUUAAGUUACGUCUAAAGCUGUUUCCUCCGUAGCCAGAGCAUUGUUUACAUUUUCACUUGAUUUAUUUUUGACAAUGUGAUAUUUGAUUCUUGCAUCACAUGACUGUGAUCACAACCGUUUGAAUGUAAGCAGGUGUAAUAUUUCAGACUUUGGUUGCUGUAUACUGUUUGACUAGUUGUAUAACAUCGGAAAAAGCUGAAUUUUUCUGCUUUAUUUGAGAUAUUAAACUAUAAAUUUAAGAGAGUUGGCCUGUUAGUUAUGCCAUGACAGGUUAAAUGCUCCAGACAUGAGCACAAAGACAAAUGCCAAACACUUGUUUUCAUUUUUUUUCUUUAUUCCCAGAAAAGGUCUCAUGUUUUCUCCCCCUUUUUAAGUGCCCAGAACAAUCCUGAAAGUGUUGUUUUUACUUAUCCACCUCAACCAGGCCCUCCUGGCAGAGACAGUGGGCAGUUGAGCUCCACUAUUGUUCUGUUACAAGUUAAACUAUACAGUUCUGGUGCCCAGAGGAAGUACAAGUUUGUUCCCAGACAAAAUAAUUGGGUCGGAGGACUGAAAGGGAACUAGUAUGAUCAACACGUGUGGCUGUUUGUAUCAUGAGUCCUGACCAAAAUCUAUCACCUCAUUAUCAGUCAGGAAGUUUCCAGGCAGGCGGGAGGUGUCGUGUUUAGUUUGGAGGGCAAGAGCAGACAGGACCUGCGUUGGCAGGGAUGUGGCAGUAGCACACUGUAAGCUGGCUUUCACGCUUUAUCUCUCUGAAAACAAUAACUGCUCUCAAAAACACAAGCAGAGCAUCUGUAUUCAUCAGCAGAGGCCCGAUGGUCGGGACACAAGAUGGAAAGCAGAUGAAUCAGAGGAAAGCAGAGGCUAGGGGCUGUCACCCAGAUGUGAUGGCUUAUCGGCUGCGGUGCCGGUGUUCACAGCGUGUGAAAGCAGCAGCAACAACAAACACAGACUAGUCACAACUUUUAACAUUACGUCAAUUACGUCAUUUCCAUUACACAGCACCUUGGAAAUGUAUUAAUAACCUUUGAACUUCCCCCUUUUCCACACCUGAAAGUGUGGUGUGCAUUUGGGCUAAAAUAAACUGAUCAAACAAAACAAACAGUGUCACUAAAAUAAACAACAGAUGCUUAUAAAGCACAUUUUCCCCGUACAUAGAAUCAAUAUUUAUUGCCAAGUACAUUUUUACAUACAAGCAAUUCGACCUGGAGUACCCGGUGCAUUUUAAUAGAGAAAAAGUAGAAUAAAAUAACCAAAUAACAAUAAAGUUUAAAAGUCUUACAUAUAAAUUUUAAAAAGUAAGUUACAGUAUGUACCUAAGGUGCAGUUGUCACAAUCUGUCUGUGUUUGGGGUUUUGAGUUUGAGUACUGUUUACCUUCUCUGCACUGCCAUGUUCUUUAUUGGCUUUAUUUCAGUUCAUUCAUGUUUAUUAGAUUCAUUCUGGUGUUUAGGUGUUUGUUUCCUCUUGGAUUUCUAUGUUAAAUGUUUUAGUUUGUAUUUUCUUAUACAUCUGUUUUCUCCCUGCUCAUGUUAUGUUAGCAGUCUCAUUGUUUACUUGUUUCUGUUCACUUAGAUGUUUUCUGCUUCCUCCAGUGUUCAUUGGUCCAAUUCUCCACCCUACUUCAGUACUUAAACUCCCUGGUUUCAUUAUUUUCCACUGGUUCCUCCUGGUAACUACCCUGUUUGCUACCUGGCUCCCUGACAGUUACACAGUCUGGGUUACCAUUGUAAGUUGUUCCAGUGUGUUAUUAUAAUUAUUGCUAUUAAAGAAAAACUCUGCAACUCA